ACAGCAGUUACGUAUUAAUCGAAGAAAAACACAGCACACAUUAAGAUUGGUGCAAUAUAAAGCUUAACCUACGUCCGAUAUAGAACAUUUUCAUUUUUUCUCAAUUUUCAAAAUGAUUAUGAAUUUUACAAUCACAUUUUUACUUUUAGCAAAUUUAGCAAUUGCGGUACUAUCAAGUCCAGUGUUAAAUGCGACCUGUACUAUAUCUUCAUUCGAUGAAGUUGCUAACGUUGUUGCCAGUUGUUCUGACAUUGUUCUGGAAUCUUUUACAGUUCCAGCUGGAACCACACUUAACAUGAAUUUGAAUUCCGGUUCUACUGUGACUGUUAAAGGUGUAAUUAAGUUUGGAUAUCAAGAAUGGGCUGGACCGCUGGUUCAAAUUUAUGGAAACCAAAUCACUUUUAGAGGAGCAGGUGGAUAUUUUGACGGUGAAGGUGCAAACUACUGGGACGGAGACAACAAAAAUGGAAAAGUGAAGCCCAAAUUUUUCAAAAUCAAAACUAAAGCUAAUUCGAUUUUUAGCGACAUUACUCUUAAAAAUUGUCCUAAGAAUUGUGUUUCAAUCUCGGCUUCUGACACUACCUUGACUGAUUGGUUAGUUGACUGUUCCGAAGGAGAUUCGAAAAAAGGAAAAAACACGGAUGGAUUUGAUUUGGCCAGCUCUGCCGAUAUCACAAUCAGAGAUUCCGUUGUGAUGAAUCAAGACGAUUGUGUAGCAAUUAAUCAAGGAUCGAAUUUCUUAUUUGAGAGGUUAACAUGUAGCGGUGGUCAUGGACUCAGUCUUUCCGUCGGUCUAAGUAAAUCUAAUGGUGAGGUAAACACAGUCCGGAAUGCUACUUUUACCGAUUGCGUCGUCAAAAAUUCUAAAAAUGGAAUGCAUAUUAAAACUCACAACGAUACUGGGGCCAUUACUGACAUUACUUAUAGAAACAUUAAACUUUCUGGAAUAGAAAAUUAUGGUAUUGAGAUUCAAGAGAACUACCCCAAUGGAGGCGAUCCAGUAGGCAACGUACCUAUAACAAAUCUAAAUUUAGAAUCAGUGAGCGGAAAUAUGUCUGGAGCAAAGAAUAGCAUGGCUGUGUAUAUUUUAUGUGCGGAUGGAGGCUGCAAUAAUUGGUCCUGGUCAAAUGUAGCUAUUAGUAACUCAAAGAAAGCAAAUAGUUGUAACUUUACUCCAAAUGGAUUUUCCUGUUGAAUUGUCAUUUAAUAAAAAAAAUAGAAAAUAUAUUA